CUUGUUUCCCUUGGUUGUACGAAGGAAAGGUAUUUUCCUUCGGGUUGAAGUCUUGGAGUGCGGUAUCUCCGAGCAAGUGUAUUGAGGCUCGUGGGACUCGAGUUCUCAGGUUGUAACGGUUUGUUAAGCACCCGUAAGCUUAACGGAAGUAGUGUAGCUCGAGAGAGUCUCUCGGGAGGCUGGAUUAGCCACAAGUUGUGGUGAACCAGGGGUUCGGGUCAGUUUUGACCGGCUUAGUCACAGUUCAUUUGUAUAGACAUUUUCGUUUGAUUCCGACCGCCGACCUGGCUGGAGUGGAUGUGAAUGGCGGAAUUCGUCGGGGCUGACAAUGCAGAAGCUAUAAUCACAAGAAUUGAGCACAAGUCCAGGAAGAUCGAAAGUUUACUGAAGCAGUUUAAACCUGUUGAAGCUCUGAAAACUGCUCUUGAAGGGUCUCCUCCUGUGACUAAAGAUGAAAGAUGCAAGUCUGCAAAUUGGAUUGUAGUCCAUAGGGCAAUAAUGGCUAUAAAGGAUCUGGACAGCUUGUUCUCUUCCCUAGAUCCCGAGUACUACGAUAUUUUGAUGAAGUAUGUGGGGGCAGAAUGUGGAGGAGUGCCACCGGGUUGGUAUCUUUACCGAGGCUUGUCUACUGGAGACCGCCCCACCUGUGAUCAAUGCCUAAGGAUUCACGAAAAGUUGACCGAGAAAGCUGGUCUGGGAUGUAUACUAAGGUGUCUGGCUGACACUGUAAAUACUGUCUAGUCUUUCCACUCUAUAUAUUUCAGAGGUUGAGACCCCGAGUAAAGCUUGUGUUGAGUUUUGAUUUCAUAGAACGCUCAUCUCGGAUGCUUUAUAUAUUCGAGCCUCUAUAUAUACUUGCCCUUGAGAUGAUGGCAUUGUUACACUACGGAAUAUUGUCGUUUCACCACUCGUACUUUGAUUCAAUUACCUAAUUGCGUCCGAGAAGGCUCUUAAUGGGUUGCACGGUGGUUGCCGUGUCCGGGCUGGUCUAAGAGUGUGACCUAUGGAAUGUUUUAUAUUUAUCCAAAAUAUGAGUUCAAGGCUUUGAGUUUAAAAAUAAUAAAAAAAUGAUUGGUGGGUUAGUGCUUUGGCAAUUGGCAGUUUAUUACAUGAUGGCCUUGGCAAGUUUUCUCUCUUUUAGGCCAUACUUUCAUACCACUGGUGUGUGUUUGUGACUAGCAAAGACUACUAAAUUCUAUUUUUCUUG